AUGGACUUCUGGAAGGACACCCUUGGUGCUCCUACUAAAAUUGUGGCACCUAUGGUGGAUGCAAGUGAAUUACCAUGGAGAAUUUUAAGCCGAAGGUAUGGUGCUGAGCUGUGUUAUACUCCAAUGCUGCACAGUGCUAUUUUCUGCAAGGAUCCAAAGUACAGGAAAGAAGCUUUAGCAACGUGUGAAGAAGAUAAACCAUUAAUUGUGCAAUUUUGUGGUAAUGAUCCAAAGAUAUUGCUAGAAGCUGCAUUGUUAGCUGAAGACCAUUGCUGUGCAAUUGAUAUUAAUUUUGGAUGUCCUCAAGCAAUAGCAAAGAGAGGUCAUUAUGGUGCUUAUUUGCAAGAUGAAUGGCCCUUGAUUGAAGAAAUUGUAUCGACCUUAAGUAAAUCUUUAAAAGUACCUGUUACUUGCAAGAUAAGAAGGUUUGAAGAGUUGGAAAAGACUAUCACAUAUGCAAAAAUGUUGGAAUCAGCUGGCUGUAAACUGUUGACUUUGCAUGGGAGAACAAGAGAGAUGAAAGGACCAUUGACUGGAUUAGCUGAUUGGGACUAUGUGACUGAAGUCAGGAAAGUAUUAAGCAUACCAGUGAUAUCAAAUGGUAAUGUACAAUGCAUGCAAGACAUGGAACGCUGUUUAGAACAUACAGGUGCAGUUGGAGUCAUGACUGCUGAAGGUAAUCUCUAUAACCCAUAUCUCUUCACUUACUCUAUGCCACCUUGCUGGCAACCCGCUAAAGAAUACCUAAAUCUUUGUAAGCAAUACCCUUGCCCCUUCUCUUAUAUACGGGGUCACCUGUUCAAAUUAUUCCACCACCUGCUUUCCUUAUCGGAAAACGCUUCACUUAGAAUUAAACUUGGUGCUGCAAAUAGCAUGGAACAAUUUGAUGAAAUAGCUGAGGAACUAAAGUCGCGAUACUUACCAUAUCACGAAGGCGAACAGCAAUGGUCAGAAACGCAUGAGAGCGGUACACAGAACCUAGUCAUUCCUCCUUGGUUAUGCCAAUCUUAUAUAAGAAUGCCUCCUGAAGAACAUCUCAAGUUAGUUGAAUGUAAACAGAAGGAAUCAGAGGAAAUCAAUAAACAAAAUGAACAUCCAAAUAAACGAAAAUAUAAAGACUCAGAAGGAAAUCCGAUAUCAAGGAAGAUGAUGAAAAAAUUGAGAAGGUUGGGAAGGAGACCAGAGAAGAUGGAUUCUGUGUGUAAAAAGACUAUGGAGAAAUGCACGAAUUGCGUGAAUCCAUUGGGUGCCAAAUGUUUAAAUAAAUUAUGCAAGAAAUGCUGCAAGGAUAAAUGUUUUCUAGAAAAUAUGGAUUGUCCGGGUCAUAGAAUUUUAGUUAAAACGCGACGACAGAUGGCUGCAUUUUUUCAAAAUGAAGUAAAAUGAAUUAAAUCAAUUUGUAUUUUAGUUAAAAUAAUUUUACCAUUGAAACUUAUCUCUUUUUAAUAUUAUACACAUGUUGGAUAUUUCCGUGGAUGAGUUUUAUUUAAUCAAAAACU